ACUUGAAAAAUGCAAGUCUUGUAAGGUUUCACUUUUUAAAGAGACGACUGAGAUCAUCUAAGCGUGUUUGUGAUCAAUCUCGCAAAGGCUCUACAACCUUAAUUUCUGGCAAUAUUGGAGUUUCCAAUGCAUUACAAAAAAGCAGAGGCAAUUAGUAGAUAGGUAUAACUUUACGAACUGCUAAAUCACCUUCUCGACCAGAUUCUGCCAUAUUAAUAGUUCGAAAUUUGAGUUUAGCCUUUCAACCUUGAGGUGUGUAUCUGUCCUUUUAAUCUUGACUUUCAUCUAAGUCGAACAAUCGGACAGCGGAUUUGAUUAACGUUAAUUACGUAUUGUCAAAACGCUUAAUGACGGGGCAUAAUACCUUGAUGUCGCAAAGAGAAAGUCCUCAGUUGACGGUAGUCGCUACCCGCUGAUGGCAAUUAUUUUCCGAUAACCGUCAGAGUGUGGGAGGGAAACGAACCCUACUCUGAUAAAUUCAUUGACUGUCUUGUUGAACAAACUUUCUUGUAAUCAAGAAGCAUGUGAAUUUGGAUAUACUGUUUGUAUUGUGUGGAAUAUAUUCUUUUUCACGGGAGGUGAGAUAUUGAAGAAAAAAAUUAAAACAAAUGGAGUCGUUAGAGCUUGCCGCCAUGUUGACUGCCAUUGUAAGUCUUCUGCUGUUUAGCGCGGGAUUGGUCGGUUUCUGUUGCUGGAAGUACCCCUCCAUCAGAACCAGAACAUACUGGGAUAAACAGACAAAGAAAAUAAUUAGAUCACUCUACAACAAAAUUCAACGUGAAAAGGAAAAACCAGGUGACAAUAGGACACUGGUGAUGCCUGCAAUGCGCAGGCGCCAAUCGGAACAGACAAAAUUUGUUGUGCCACGGAUUUAUGUGGAUUAUGGAAGUCGACGAACUUCUUAUGCUUCGGAUUAUUUUCGGAGAUCAUCAGGUGAAAGUGGAAGUAGCAGAAGGACUUCUUGUGCCUCAUCCCUAGCGUCAAUGGACGAUCGAAGGGGAUCCGGAAGUAGUUUGAGUAGCAGACGAACCUCUGCAGCCUCCGACGUUGAUAGGAGGGGUUCCGGAAGCAGCAUUUGUAGCAGACGUACGUCCAUGUUAUCUUCUGAGUGUCCGUCCCGACGAGGAUCUGGAAGUAGCAAAAGCAGCAGGAAGAGUUCAGAUGCGAGCAGAAUCGGUGACAUUACAGAUGACAUUCUCGCUGAUUUUUCAGAUUCUGAAAUCAUUGAUGAAGAGUAUCAACCGGAAAUGCAGAAACAGGAACCUCGGAGAUCUAGUUUGGAAGAAAAUAUCGGCAAAACGGUUGCUCCAGCUGAAAAGAAGAUGUACCGACGAAGUCAUUCUCUAGCCGAGAUUCGACCCACACACGUGUUUCUGCCUGAAGGACGAGGUCGCACAGAUGGCAGGCGAAUAACUCUAUCAUCGUUAGCUUUAGACAACGGUAUGGGUACAGUUGGACCCCAUUAUCAACGAAAAAAGCCGAAACUCAAUAGGCCAGGUGGAAUCGGCCUACCAGACAAGCCUGUUGUCAUGCAUGACUUGAACUUGGAGGAGAUGGUGGUGCCCAGACUGGCCAUCCCACUGCAGUCAACAGGGAAACUAAAAGUCCAGUUCCAGUAUUCAGAAGACAGGACAUCCUUGACAGUUAUUAUCAUCGAGGCAAGGCGACUAAGAAUAGAGGGUUUACCAAACGACGUAGAGUUAAAUCCUUAUGUGAAGGCGUUCCUUGUUCCAGGAAAAUCAUUUAAGUACAGAACAAAGACCAUUCCAAAAACAAAGAAUCCCGCUUUUUUGGAGAAGUUCAUAAUAAAUGACGUUGUGCCAAGCGAUAUUAACGACGAAACUGUUUUGGAAUUCCAAGUUUAUUCCUCACAUCACGUGACCAGGCGUCAUUUAGUGGGCGUGACAUCUAUAUCUCUAAGGGCAAUAGAAACUUUAGAAAACGGACUUGUGGACCUUACUAUCAUGCCACAAACUGUCUACAGGUUACACCAAGGCGAUAUAAGGAUAUCAGGAUGUUAUCAACCAGUGGCCGGUAAAAUGGUUUUCAACAUCUUGGAAGCUAGGAACGUUCCACGUGUCUCAAUACUUGGUGCUGUCAAUCCAUAUGUGAAGGUAGAAAUGUACGUCAAUGGAGUACGGGAAGCGAAGGACACCACAAAAACCCGCCAAAACACUCAGGACCCUAUGUGGAACCACCAAGCUGUUUUCGAAAUUAACAGGGAAAAUCCUAAACUUUUGGGGCAUGUUUUCGUAUUUCGUAUUUUCCACAAAGAUAUGAUGAUGGGUGUCCAAGAAAUUGGACAGGUUGAAUUUGGUUGGCACAGUCACGGGGAACAGCUAGAUCAUUGGUAUGACAUCAUGGAACAUCCGCAUCGUCCUACUGACUACUGGCAUCAAAUCAUCAAAACCAGCAAAAUACAGACGUAGCACGAGAACAUAGCAAAGACAUGUUCAUAAAAGAUAACAGGUUCUCUCCUGGACAAAACAGAACACAGGACAGGAAAUGUGGCAAGUUUGUGUGAAAAUAAAACCAGCCAAAAUCUAUCUUCUGGAAAUUCAAAUAGACGUAGAAAGUGACAGUGACUUAAAGAGAGAAUAUUGUUUAAUAAGUUCUUAUGAAGAAAAGCCGGAACACUUCCAACAGACAUAUACGAAUUAUUAGAUUUUCCUUUGUUUAUUUCUUCACCCAAAUGCGAAAUAUUUUUGUACAGAGAACUCAUUCAUAUUGCAAAAUACCAAGAAAUUAAUUGAGAAAUUUGCCACCGCUUGUAUUUCGAAUUUUUAUUUCUGUUAUUUAGAUGAAAAGUAAAGUUAAAUAUAUUUUAAACAGUAACUCUAAUGAUAUUAAUAUUUUGCUUUAGAAAAGUAAUAUGAUUUAGACUUUUUGUAUGUGAGUGAAAGGGAUAGCAUUGUAUGGAGUUUCCCGUGAUAUCCUAUUCAAUAUAUAUUUUGUUUGUAAGUAAUUUAAGUGGUAAUAAAAAACAAUAUCUGUGUAAAUAAAACAGGUAUUGCAGGUAAACAUAUCCAGUUAUUAUAAAAGUUAUGGAAACAUUUGAUGAAAUGUACUGGUACUUGAGAAGCCACUUAAAUUUUGCACAGAAAUCAAAGAAAUAAGCAACCAUUAAAAACAAAGUAAAGUUAACAUGUAGUUUGUAAUUUAGGCCAAGAAAUCCGCCGAAAAUUUAGGAUAUCGAUAGAAACUAGUUCCAAUUUCUUUGUACUUUUAUAUACAUAUAUAUUUACUGUAGUUCUUAAGAAGGAGAAUCAUUAAUCUGUUCUUAUUCAUUAUAUUUUAUCGAGAAAUAUUAACAGAAAACAUGUGUUGUAUAAAUUAUGACACAGAUUAAUUAUUUAUUGAUAUUCCAAGGCCAAAACAAAUACAUUGCUACACUACAUAUUUUUAAAUGCUUCAUUUCAUAUAAGUAUUUUUUCUAUUAAAAUGAUCUCAUGCUUGUUAAGAAUUUGAAAGACUAUAAAGAUAUGCCGUUUGCAUUUAUAAAAAAAGGAAUUAUUCGUAUCAUUUUGUAAAUAGUACAUGUCAAAUUUUUUGCACGUACGUGCAUGUGGUUUUUCGUUUAUGCAUAUUUUAUUUGUUAGUAUGAAAAUAUAAUGAUGUCAUAGGUUUAUAUGAUUUUUGGUCUGAUUAUUAAUUAUUUCUAAAUUUAAUGUUUUUCAUACAAAAUCCAAUGACCAUAUUUUAUUUUUCCUUUAGAAAUUGAUUUUAGAAGAAAACAUUUAAUUACUUGUCAGAAUCUUUGGUCUGUUGUUAUUUACAUGUGAUAUUAGAUUUAAGUACAUGUUGAUCUAGUCGUUGAAUGUUAAAAGUGUAUAAAGAAAAUUGUUGACAUAAAUAUCUUUCAUAAAUAAAGUUUUGUUUUACGUUA